AUGGAGAGCCGCGAGCUGGGCAUGGAGGCCAUGGAGACCCUGACCGAGCUGGGGGACGAGCUCACCCUGGGGGACAUCGACGAGAUGCUGCAGUUCGUCAGCAACCAGGUCGGGGAGUUUCCGGAUCUGUUUUCAGAGCAGUUAUGUGGCACCUUCCAGAGCAGUGGUGGAGGUAGCAGUGGUGGAACCUUGGACCAUCCACUGCAGAGCUCAUACAGCCAGGCACAGCUGCAGUCCUUCCCAUCCACCGCUGCCUCUCCCCAGCUCCAGGCUGUGCAAGUCAAAGUGCCCCAGGCAACAGCACCUGCCCCUCAGCGGUCUGCACCCCUCCUUCAGCCUCGUCCCCAGCUCCAGCCCCAGCUCCAACAGCAAACGGUGAUGAUUACUCCAACUUUCAGCUCUGCUCCCCAGACCAGGUUCAUUCAGCAACCGCUGAUCUACCAGAAUGCAGCCACGAGUUUUCAAGUGCUUCAGCCUCAGGUUCAGAGCCUGGUGACGUCCUCCCAAGUUCAGCCAGUCACCAUCCAGCAGCAGGUGCAGACUGUGCAGGCUCAGAGAGUGUUCACACAGGCUGCCAAUGGCACCAUCCAAACACUAACCCCUGCCACAGUCCAGACAGUAGCUGCUCCUCAGGUCCAGCAAGUUCCAGUCCUGGUCCAGCCUCAGAUCAUAAAGACAGAUUCUCUUGUCUUGACAACUCUGAAGGCAGAUGGUAAUCCAGUUAUGGCUGCAGUUCAUAAUCCGGCCCUCACUACACUGACCACCCCUAUUCAGACAACGGCACUGCAGGUACCGACCUUGGUUGGCAGCAAUGGGACCAUUUUGACCACGAUGCCCAUGAUGAUGGGACAGGAAAAGAUGCCCCUCAAACAGGUGCCUGGUGGGGUCAAACAGCUGGAACCGCCCAAAGAAGGAGAGAGGAGGACGACCCAUAACAUCAUUGAGAAGCGGUAUCGGUCAUCUAUAAAUGACAAGAUCAUUGAGCUGAAGGACCUGGUCAUGGGAACAGAUGCCAAGAUGCACAAAUCUGGAGUACUGAGGAAGGCCAUUGAUUACAUUAAAUACCUACAGCAGGUCAACCAUAAGCUGAGACAGGAGAACAUGGUUCUGAAGCUGGCUAAUCAGAAAAACAAGCUGCUGAAGGGCAUUGACCUGAGCAGUCUCGUGGACAACGAUGUGGACCUGAAGAUGGAUGACUUCAACCAAAACGUUCUCUUGAUGUCUCCCCCGGCCUCUGACUCGGGGUCCCAGGAGGGCUUCUCCCCCUAUUCCAUUGACUCUGAGCCGGGAAGCCCGCUCCUGGAUGAUGCAAAGGUUAAAGACGAACCCGACUCUCCCCCUGUGGCCCUUGGCAUGGUGGAUCGCUCUCGAAUACUUCUCUGUGCUCUCACAUUCCUCUGCCUCUCCUUCAACCCUCUGACAUCCCUCCUGGAGGGCCGAGGGAUGCCUGAAUCAGACAGUCCUGUACACCAUGGCUCUGGAAGGAAUGUGCUGGCCAUCGAAUCAGGUGCUGGCGGCUGGUUUGGCUGGAUGAUGCCCACUUUGCUGCUGUGGCUGGUGAAUGGUGUAAUUGUCCUGAGUGUGUGUAUAAAGCUCCUUGUGCAUGGGGAGCCAGUGACCCGGCUGCACUCCCGCUCGUCUGUAAUGUUCUGGCGGCAUCGCAAGCAGGCUGACCUGGAUUUGGCAAGGGGGGAUUUUGCGGCUGCUGCAUCAAAUCUGCAGAUCUGCCUGUCAGUUCUGGGCCGAGCGCUGCCUGCGUCCCGCUUGGACUUGGCCUGCAGCUUGUCCUGGAACGUGAUCCGCUACAGUCUGCAAAAGCUGGGGCUGGUUCGCUGGCUACUGAAGAGGACUUCACGGCGACAGCGAGCAAGAGAGGCUGCUGCCGGUUUUGAGGAUGAGGCCAAGACCAGUGCUCGGGAUGCAGCUCUGGCAUAUCACAAGCUCCAUCAGCUCCACAUCACAGGUAAACUUCCAUCCAGCUCAGCCUACUCAGGUUUGCACAUGGCCCUGUGCGCUGUGAAUCUGGCUGAGUGCGCAGAGGAGAAGAUCCCACCCAGCAUGAUGGCAGAGAUCCACCUGACAGCUGCUGUCGGCCUGAAAACCCGCUGCGGAGGCAAGCUGGGCUUCCUGGCGGGUUAUUUCUUAAAUAAGGCCCAGAGCCUGUGUAGUGCAGAGCGGAGUGCCAUUCCCGACUCCUUGCGCUGGCUGUGUCACCCGCUGGGACAGAGGUUUUUUGUGGAACGGAGCUGGACAGUGAAAUCUGCUACAAAGGAGAGUCUGUACUGUGCCCCGAGGAACCCAGCUGAUCCCAUAGCCCAGGUUCACCAGGCCUUCUGUGAGAAUCUGUUGGAGAGAGCUGUGGAUUCCCUCGUGAAGCCUCAGGCCAGGAAAGGGGCCACGGGACAGGAGGAGGAGGAGCCCUGCGAAUUCUCCAGUGCUUUGGAGUACCUGAAAUUAGUCAACUCCUUUGUGGACUCGAUGGGAAGCGGGACUCCACCUUUCAAUAGCAGUUCGGUGCUGAAGUCAGCCCUGGGCCCUGAUUUGGUGUGCAGAUGGUGGUCAGCGGCAAUCGGCAUGGCAAUCAGUUGGCUCAGAGGGGAUGAUGCAGGCGUGAGGUCACGUUUCACGGAAGUGGAGCGGAUGCCCAAAUCCCUGGAGAUGUCUGAGAAUGCCCUGGUGAAAGCGAUCUUCCAUGUAUGCAAAGCCAUGCAGGCCUCCCUGUCGGGGAAGGCAGAUGGGCAGCAGAGCUCCUUUGGUCACUGCGAGCGGGCCAGCAGCCACCUGUGGAACAGCCUUAAUAUGAGCAGUGGUGUCUCUAACACUGGCCUCAACAAUAUGAUCCAGCUGCUGACCUGUGACUUACUGCUCUCACUCCGCACCACACUGUGGCAGAAGCAGGCAAACUCCAGCCAGGCUCUGGGUGAGACCUACCACGCCUCGGCCUCUGAGCUGACGGGUUUCCAGCGAGACCUCGGCAGCUUGCGCAAACUGGCCCAUGGCUUCAGGCCCGCUUAUCGCAAGGUGUUCCUGCACGAGGCUACUGUGCGCUUGAUGGCAGGCGCCAGCCCCACCCGCACUCACCAGCUGCUGGAGCACAGCUUGAGGCGACGCACCCCCCAGAGCGGCAAACAAGGUGAGCUGGACACUCUGCCAGGACAGAGAGAGCGAGCCACGGCGAUUCUCCUGGCCUGCCGCCACCUCCCCCUCUCCUUCCUCUCGUCCCCGGGCCAGCGCGCAGUCCUGCUGGCAGAAGCAGCCCGCACGCUGGAGAAAGUGGGGGACAAGCGCUCCUGCAACGACUGCCAGCAAAUGAUCGUCAAACUGAGCGGGGGCACCGCUAUCGCCGCCUCCUAGCCCAGGGGCCGUGCGGCCAAAGCCAGCCUUGUGGGCCAUCAGACUGGACUCUUCCCCCAGUAUAGUCCCUCUUUAGAGCAGACCGUUCUAGAUUAGGGCCAUGCAAGUGGAAUCACUUGGGCCGGGGCGGGCUCUGGACUAGCCCAGGGUUAGCUUUCCUAGUGAUUGGCUGCGUUCAGGCCUGGUGGCAGGACUGGAAUCUGGCUAGUGCUGUUCUAGUCUGUGUAACCAGGCCAGCGGCUGCUAGCAGCUCCCCCACUCCCUUGCCCCUCGCUGGGGUUAGAGGCGAUGCCGGCUCAGGAGGAGGGGUCAGCAAGCCCUGAGAACAGAAAAGUGCCAUUUCCUGGUGCUGGGUGGGUCUGUGUUCCGGGGGCUGCUCUCCCCUCCCCUCUCCGACCCCUCAGGGGAGCCACCCGGAACCCCCUCCCAGGCAAAACCAGCAUCUCAGGCAACUCUCUACCUGCAGGCUGGCUGCCCGCCUGCUCCGGGCUGGCUGGGAUGGGGAGGGAAGAGCACUAGCGCGUUCUCCUCAAGGCGGGGCUAACGACGCUGUUUUUAUGGGAGCCUUUUUCUAUAGACUUUGCGUGUGUGGGGAUCUCCGGGGGAGGGGUGGUGCUUGGGGCCAGCCCACCCCACCCAGGAAAUCUCCCUGUGGUUUUUAUACAGUUUUUUAUAGGGAUGUUUGUGUCUUUACAAGAUGUCGGGAACAGUUUCAGUAGAUUUCUCUUCUCAGCACCCCCUGCCCCAUGUGCUUCUCCCCCCUCUGGUCACAGAGCUACCUCCUGCCUCUGUUGGGGCUGGGGGAGGGCAGAGUUCUAGUGUAAAUCAGCAGCAUCCAUAGUGAGGGCACAAGGGUGAGGGACCUAGGAUGUGCAGAGACCUGGGCUGAGGCGAAGGGAGAGAACUGUCCCUGCUGGGCCCUCUUCAUUGGCACAGAUUAAAACAGGUUUUAAAAAAGAGAAGGUUUGAUACUUCAUUACUCAAAAUCCUAGACCUGGUGGUUCCCCCCGCUCCAGGCCCCUUUGUCUGUCCUCACCUGCACACCCGUCAGUCUGAUCUGCAUGUCAGGAUGUGCCCCCGUGGGAGGGAGCUUACAUAAACCUGAUGUCUGCCACGGUUUGGAGGAUCCUGGAGCUGGCUGGAUCCUCUGUGUACUAAUGCCAAGUCAUGUGACUUUGAAAGAGGGUGGGGUUGGGGGAGUGACCCAGUUUUCCUUUUUGCUCCACCGUUCACAUUGCCUCUGUCCAAAGACUGUGUGAAAUCAUUCCUGUUCACACCUGCAAUACGGAAGCUAGCGCUUGGCAGGAACGCAUUGCUGCUGCUCUCAGUGUGUGUGUGUGUGUGUGUGUGUGUGUAGCUAGAACUACAGUGGUACUGGGUACAGUCCUAUCCUGAGCAGGUGCCUGCAGCCCUUCGUUACCCAGCACGGUGUCUCAUUGCAGAAGCCGAACUCAAAUUUUUGUUAAACCUUUCUAGAUUUAUUCGGUUUUCUGCAGCAACCGCCGUUGGAGCUUCAGUUACUGCAAAGAAAAGGCUGUUACAAUACACGUGGGACCUUCUGCCUCUGUUUUGCAGCGAGCUCCUAGCGAAAGUUUUAAAAUGCCACCAAACUAAACACCUUGGGAAUGUUGUCCACCACAGCUUUACUAAGAUGUAAACCUUACUGACGCAAUUCCGCCUGCCAUCAAACCACACUUUGACAGUGGUUCCAUGCUCACCGUUAUUGAGCUGCAGGGCAUUCUGCAGUGAAAUGCCUCCCCCCUGCCCCCGCAUCUCUCCCACCCCUUUUGGGGGGCAUUUAAUGGAAGAGUCAUAAUUGUAAUUAUUUCCUCAAAAGAAAAUGUCCUUUGUCUCUUCCCAGCGUGUGGGUGGAUGCAUUCAAAGGCUCCACUUAGAACUCCUGCUUCGCAUUGGCGUCAGCAGCCCAUGAUAAGUGGGACACUCAGGAGUGGUUUUCUUGCCUCUGGUUUCUGGCUCCUGAUAUCUCGGUAGAUCAGUGUACAUGAGAUGUCCUACGUGUUGAUCGUGUUGGCUGCUUCUGCGUUAAAUCUACAUGAGUACAAUAACGUGGUGAUACGAGUACCUUGGUAGUUUGGCACAAGAACAGAUGCUGCUUUUUAUGGCUCAGCACCACAGCUUCUUGGCUCGUCAGAUGGGACAGAGAUACAACUUGUUUGUGGAGAGGCUAAUGCCCACCCGCCCUCCAAGGCAGGAUGAAACUAAGACCCUGGUUUCCAAACAAACUACUCCCAUAAAGGCUUCUUGCUCUAAAGCCCCAGACUUUUUAAUCUGUUCAGGAAUGUAUCUGCCCGUGGCAUCCUCCAUGUCAUUUCAAACCUCACUGGUCGGUCUGCCACGGCAACAGUAGUAUACUAGGGAGGGGAGGAGUUCCGCACCCAUCCCUGUUUGCCCAGGCACUCAUGGGAAGUGGUGAACCAUCUCCUCCCCUGGUCACUUCAUUUAAAGGUGAACAGAACACUGUCCUGGAGUGUUAGUGGGGGGAGGUGGGAUGGACACCUAGAAGAUGUUGAGGGCAGUACUAAUAGCUUAAGGACAGUGCAGGCUGCCCUUGUGCAAAUGGUCCAUGCAUGAUGUUUGUUCUUUACACCUGUGGCACUUCUUCAGGUGUGAGGUUCCUCUCUGUGCCUGUUUGUGUGCUGUUAUUUAUGGACCCGCUGUCUCUGUCUAUCCCCCCAUAUUUUUCCAUGUAUACACUGUAAUAUUUUGUUUUUUGGGGGGUGGGGGGGCGUGUUUAUGGAUGAUGUGAAAAACUGUCUAUUUAUCCAACUGAUAUUAGGAGUAGGGACACUUCACUGUAAAAGUUAUAGCUGGUGAUGGCUCUAAGGAACCAUUUCUGCUCUUUGAGAGGUGCCCAGUUAUGUACCCUGUCCCAGUGCUAGAGAGCAACUGUUGCCUAAUAAAGACCGAUGGUACCACCU